CUCUAUCUUACUGUAUUUGAAAGAGGAAAGCCAGUGAGGACUUGUGAGCAAUCCGGCAGCUUCAGAAAAAUCUCCAUGCGAAAGGAUAAUCCAGAAUUCCCCGAAGAAGAACAUAGUGAAUGUUAAUCCAGAGGAGCUGUCGGAGAAUCCUGCUCACGGGGAGAUGAUUCCUCAUGAAGUCACUGGAUCCCUUGCAGAAAUCAAAUGUGACUUUCCAUUUAUCAGACUGAAAUCAGAGCCAGCCAGACAGUGAAGCAAGCACAGUGGAGGGGGGACGGCGAAAGAUGAAAUCCAACCAGGAGCGGAGCAAUGAAUGCCUGCCACCUAAAAAGCGAGAAAUCCCUGCCACCAGCCUGCCUUCGGAGGUGAAGCCGGUCCUGCCAAACGACAACCACCGUGCGGAUAACCUAGCAUGGCUCCCCAGCACACCCGGUGGCCAGGGUGGCCUGGGGGGUCGGCACCGGCCCGGGGGGACGUCGGUGGUGGAGGCAGGCUUGCAGCAGGGUUUGCACAAGUCGCUGUCUGCAGGGCUGGACUAUUCCCCGCCGAGCGCACCCAGGUCCGUUCCAGCCUCCACCACUCUGCCCACGGUGUACUCGCCCGCCCUCUCCCAGUCAGGGACCCCUGUUUCCCCGGUGCAGUACACGCACCUGCAGCACACCUUCCAGUUCGUCGGGCCCCAGUACAGCGGAUCGUACACCGGAUUCAUCCCCUCGCAGCUGAUUUCCCCAACGGCCAAUUCUGCGACCGGCUCCGUGGCGGGGGGCCCAAACGGCCCAACCACCCACUCCCAGCUGGAGGCUUAUUCCACUUUGCUGGCCAGCAUGAGCGGCUUAAGCCAGCAAGGGCACAAAGUUGAACCGCACCUGGUCAGGACACCUGGACUGAUCGCUGCCGGGUCUCCUCCACCCACCCAGCAGAACCAGUACGUCCACAUUUCCAGCUCUUCCCAGAGCGCUGUCAGAAAUGUCUCUCCUCCCACCAUCCCGGUCCCCCUGCACCCCCAUCAGACAGUGAUCCCACACACCCUCACCCUCGGCCCUUCCUCCCAAGUGGUGGUGCAGUACACAGACUCGGGGGGCCACUUUGUCACCAGGGAUCCCCCUAAGAAGCCCGAGAGCAGCCGGCUGCAGGCGAUGCAGGCAAAGGAGGUACUGAACGGCGAGAUAGAGAAGAGCCGGAGGUACGGCAUUUCGCCUUCUGCCGACAUGGGUCUAGUCAAAGCAGGCAAUAAACCCGCUCCCCAUCAUUACGAGACCAGGCACGUGGUAGUCCACUCGAGCCCCGCCGAGUACGGUGGGCGGGAUUCCUCAGGUGUCCGAGCCUCCGUCAUGGUGGUCCCCAACAGCAGCACGCCCACGGCGGACAUGGAGGUGCAGCAGGCCACCAACUGCGAGACCUCUCCCUCAGCCCUCAACGACAAGGGAAGCUUGCAUUUAGGAAAGCCAGCGCACCGGUCCUACGCCUUGUCUCCGCAGCAGGCUCUGGGCCAUGAGGGGGUGAAGGCGGUGGCCACGCUGUCCCCUCACACCGUCAUUCAGACCACCCACAGCGGCUCCGAGCAGCUCCCCGUCGGGCUGCCGGCGACAGCCUUCUACGCCGGGACCCAGCCGCCGGUGAUCGGCUAACCUGGGGGGCAGCAGGGAAAAAAAAAACCGCUGCCGCAGCACCUGGUGAUCCCUGGCGCCCAGUCCCUGCUGAUACCGGUCGGCGGAGCGGACGUCGAGCCGUCAGGAGUCGCGCCUGCGAUCGUCACGUCGUCUCCCCAGUUUGCAGCAGUGCCUCACACGUUCGUCACCACCGCCGUCCCCAAGAGCGAGAACUUCAGCGCGGAGCCCCUCACCACCCAGCCUCCCUACCAGGCCACCAUGGUGCAGGCGCAGAUCCACCUGCCCGUGGUGCAGUCCAUCGCUUCCCCCGCCGCCGCGCCUCCCACGCUGCCCCCCUACUUCAUGAAGGGGUCGAUCAUUCAGCUGGCCAACGGGGAGCUGAAGAAAGUAGAGGACUUGAAAACGGAAGACUUCAUACAGAGCGCGGAGAUUAGCAACGACCUGAAAAUAGACUCCAGCACUGUGGAGAGGAUUGAAGACAGCCAUAGCCCAGGCAUUGCCGUGAUACAGUUUGCGGUUGGGGAGCAUCGAGCACAGGUCAGCGUGGAAGUCUUGGUAGAAUACCCUUUUUUUGUAUUUGGACAAGGCUGGUCAUCCUGCUGCCCUGAGAGAACCAGCCAGCUCUUUGACUUGCCGUGCUCCAAACUCUCGGUGGGGGACGUCUGCAUAUCGCUCACGCUCAAGAACCUGAAGAACGGCUCUAUUAAAAAGGGCCAGCCCGUGGACUCAGCUAGUAUCUUGCUGAAGCAUUCAAAGAAUGACAGUCUAGCUGGAAGUAGACACAGGUAUGCGGAGCAGGAGAACGGGAUUAAUCAGGGAAGCGCACAGAUGUUAGCUGAGAAUGGUGAACUGAAGUUUCCGGACAAAAUAGGAUUGCCUGCAGCACCUUUGCUCACCAAAACAGAACCCAGCAAGCCCCCGGCAACGAGGAAGAGGAGGUGGUCGGCCCCCGAAACACGAAAACUCGAGAAAUCAGAAGAGGAGCCACCUUUGACUCUUCCCAAGCCUUCUUUUAUUCCUCAGGAGGUUAAGAUUUGCAUCGAAGGUCGAUCCAACGUAGGGAAGUAAAAGCGGUUUG